CGUUCGGAUCGCAGCCGCCGCUGCCGCCGUAGCCGCCGUAGCCGCCGCCAGCGCGCGGGGGAUGACCUGGGGGUGGCUUUCGGAGCCGGCUGCCGCUCAGGAGGUCUGGGGGCUUAGCCAGCCCUGCUUAGAGUAAGCCAAGGCCUGGAUUUUGCUCUGGAAGUCUGUCCCGCCCGCUUCUGUAAUCUGGCGCUAUGCAUCCAGUUGCUGGACCCUUACAGACACUGCUGUAUGUUACUCUCCCGAUUCUGUGCACUUCCGUGAGUCCAGACUUGGCACCUUAUUUUAUUUCUGAGCCAUUGUCUGCCAUCCAGAAACUUGGUGGACCUGUAGUACUGCAUUGUUCUGCUAAACCUGUGACUGCUCGUAUCUCAUGGUUGCAUAAUGGAAAAAGAUUGGACAGAAAUGUGGAACAGAUUAAGGUUCAUCAGGGGACGUUGACUAUCCUUUCUCUUAACCCCUCCCUUUCGGGUUAUUACCAGUGCAUUGCCAACAAUAGCAUUGGUGCCAUUGUGAGUGGUCCUGCAACCAUAUCCACUGCAGUUCUUGGUGAUUUUGGUUCAUCAACAAAGCAUGUUAUUACAGCUGAAGAAAAAAGUACUGGUUUCAUUGGCUGCAAGGUACCAGAUAGUAACCCCAAAGCUGAGGUGCGCUAUAAAAUCCGGGGAAAGUGGCUGAAACAUUCCACAGAGAAUUACUUAAUCCUUCCAUCAGGGAAUCUUCAGAUUUUGAAUGUAUCCUUAGAGGACAAGGGAUCAUAUAAAUGUGCAGCUUUUAAUCCUGUCACACAUGAAUUAAAAGUUGAACCCAUUGGCCAAAAGCUCCUUGUGAGUCGCCCUUCUUCAGAUGACUUUCACAUUCUUCACCCCGCCCUUUCACAGGCAUUAGCUGUUCUCUCUCGUAGCCCUGUGACCCUGGAGUGUGUGGUAAGUGGAAUCCCAGCUUCUCACGUGCACUGGCUGAAAGACGGUCAGGACGCUGUGCCAGGAGGCAAGUGGAGAAGGUUGUAUUCACAUCUUGCCACGGACAGCAUUGAUCCGGCGGACUCUGGCAACUACUCCUGUGUGGUGGGAAACAAGUCUGGAGACACCAAACACGUGACUUACGUGGUGAAUGUACUUGAACAUGCUUCCAUUUCUAAAGGACUGCAGGAUCAGACAGUGUCUCUGGGUGCCACGGUACAAUUCACGUGUGAAGUUCAUGGGAACCCAACCCCCAACCGUACCUGGUUUCACAACGCACGGCCCAUUCGUCGUUCCCCACGACAUCUAACUGUGGGAAAUGGAUUGAAAAUCAGGGGUGUUACCAUGGAAGAUUCUGGGCUGUAUCAGUGUGUAGCAGAUAAUGGGAUUGGAUUUAUGCAGUCUACUGGGAGACUGGAAAUUGAAAACGACAGUGGACUCAAGCCUGUUAUAAUUACAGCACCAGCAAGUGCAGAGGUGGCCUCUGGAGGCUCCGUGACUUUGUCCUGCAAUGCCACCGGGGUGCCGGUUCCAGCCAUUCGUUGGUACGACAGUCAUGGAUUGAUAACCAGCCAUUUGUCUCAAGUUCUUAGAUCUAAAUCCCGAAAACUGCACUUAUCAAGACCUGGGGGUUCUGACCUGGAGCCUGUGUACUUCAUCAUGUCCCAGGCUGGCUCAAGCUCUCUAUAUAUUCAGGCUGUUACUCAGGAACACGCUGGGAAGUACACCUGCGAAGCUGCAAACGCACACGGCACCACACAGUCGGAAGCCGUCCUCACUGUUGUUCCUUUUGAAACAAAUACAAAAGCAGAAAUAGUCACACCUUCUGAUCCCACUCAGAAUGAUAAAAGUGAUGGUUCAGAAACUGGACUAUUGAGCUCAUUGCCAUUGAAGGAACAUUCCAGUGCUACAGAAUCAUCAUCAGAGAAAAACGCUAGUGGUACCUCUGUCCCCGAUGCCCCCAUCAUUCUGAGCCCCCCACAGACGCACACACCAGAUACGUACAACCUGGUCUGGAGGGCGGGGAAGGAUGGCGGGCUGCCCAUCAACGCCUAUUUUGUGAAGUAUCGAAAGCUGGAAGAUGGUGUUGGCAUGGUGGGAAGAUGGCACACAGUUCGAGUCCCAGGAAGUGAAAAUGAGCUCCAUUUAACGGAACUGGAGCCGUCGAGUCUCUACGAAGUUUUGAUGGUGGCAAGGAGUGCAGCAGGUGAAGGACAGCCUGCCAUGCUCACCUUCCGAACCAGCAAAGAGAAAACAACAUCAUCCAAAAACACUCAGGCCUCCUCUCCACCUGUCGGCAUCCCUAAGCGCCCUGUUGUUUCAGAGGCUGCAGACAACUUUGGAGUGAUACUCACAGAUCCUUCCAGACACAGUGGAGUCCCAGAGGCACCUGAUCGGCCCACUAUCUCCACUGCAUCAGAGACGUCCGUCUAUGUCACUUGGAUUCCUCGGGCAAAUGGGGGGUCUCCAAUCACUGCCUUCAAGGUCGAAUAUAAACGGAUGCGGACUAGCGAUUGGCUGGUGGCAGCUGAAGACAUUCCUCCUUCCAAACUUUCUGUGGAAGUGCGUAGUUUAGAGCCAGGUUCAACAUACAAAUUUAGGGUCAUUGCUAUCAACCAUUAUGGUGAGAGUUUUCGGAGUUCAGCCUCUCGUCCUUAUCAGGUGGCUGGGUUCCCCAAUCGUUUUUCUAACCGUCCGAUAACUGGACCUCACAUCGCAUACACAGAAGCUGUCAGUGAUACUCAGAUCAUGCUCAAGUGGACGUACAUUCCAUCAAGUAACAAUAACACUCCCAUUCAAGGAUUUUAUAUCUAUUACCGACCAACAGAUAGUGACAAUGACAGUGAUUACAAGAGGGAUAUUGUAGAAGGUUCAAAGCAGUGGCACAUGAUAGGCCACCUGCAGCCAGAAACCUCCUAUGAUAUUAAAAUGCAGUGCUUCAAUGAAGGAGGAGAGAGCGAGUUUAGUAACGUGAUGAUCUGUGAGACGAAAGUGAAACGGGUUCCUGGAGCUUCUGAGUAUCCUGUCAAAGACCUGAGCACCCCUCCAAAUUCUUCGGGUGGUGGAGGAAAUGCUGGGCCCGCAACCAGCCCCGCCAGAAGCAGUGACAUGCUGUAUCUGAUCGUUGGCUGCGUUCUGGGUGUAAUGGUGCUCAUUCUCAUGGCUUUCAUUGCCAUGUGCCUGUGGAAGAACCGUCAGCAGAAUCCCAUACAGAAAUAUGACCCACCAGGCUAUCUCUACCAAGGGUCAGAUGUUACCGGGCAGAUGGUGGAAUACACCACUCUGCCUGGCACGAACCGAAUAAACAGAAAUGUUCAUGGAAGCUUCAGCAAUGGCUGCUCCCACCUCCACCAUAAGCUCCCCAGUGGAGUCAGCGGGAGCUUAAAUGGAGGACUCUACUCUGGGCGCACGAGCUCUCUAACCAGGACACGUGUGGAUUUUGAACAUCCUCGUCAUCUCGUGAAUGGUGGUGGCCUGUACACGGCAGUACCUCAGACUGACCCGAUGGAGUGCAUUAGUUGUCGAAAUUGUCGGAACAACAAUAGGUGUUUCACCAAAACCAACAGCGCUUUCAGCAGCAGCCCCCUUCCUGUGGUCCCAGUGGUAGCACCUUAUCCUCAGGAUGGUUUGGAAAUGAAGCCCCUCAUUCACAUGAAGAUGCCUGUAUGUCUGGCUUCCACAGUCCCCGACUGUGGUCAGUCACCUGAGAAGGGCAUCAGAGAUGACAAGGCACGAAGACCUGCUCAGCAUAUUUGCUGUCAAGACAAUAGAAAUGAGACCAACUCUGGUUGUGUGGAAGUUGCAGCAGAGUUCAACAGAGGAGACAGCUGUGUGCCUUCAGAAACAGAGAACAAAAUUUUAAGUUGGAAUCCUCUUAUUUUGCCACCUGUUUCAAAGGACUGCACUGAAAAGACACCAUGGUUUCCUCCUGGCAUUCCUGUAGACAGCCCUUCAGGGGUCCUUCAGCAAUCCCAGGAAACCUGAGGAUGUGUCAGUGCCUUGUCAUGUUUCCACUUCAAGCCAGUAACUGCACAAAACAGGCCUGGGGAUGGACUGUGUGAAGGACAUUAAUUCAAUUCAGAGAGAACUCGUUAUUUAUUUUUUGUAGUAGUAAUGUCAUAUGAAUGUAUCUUAAAAUGUGUGCCCUUUUAUAUUAUUUAUGCCUUCAAAGUUUCCCUCCCUAUUUCUUCCUCCCCCUCAGUAGUAAACAACCUGGUUUGGCAUAGUUUUCAA